GUGUUCAGAAAUCACUGUAAUAUAUAAUUAGAAUUAGUUCAAAGAUUGCAAAAAAGAUAAUAUACAAUAUGACUGAUUCCAUAUAUAAGGGAGAAGACUUUGAAGAUAAGGUUAGAAAACAAGUUGAGUUUUACUUUUCUGAUUCUAAUUUACAAACUGAUAAGUUUUUAUGGAAAAUUUAUGAAGCUAAUGAUGGUUGGGUUGAAUUAAAGACUAUUUUAACUUUCAGUAGAAUGAGACAAUAUCGUCCAGAAGAGAAAGUCAUUGCUGCUUUAAAGGACUCUAGUGAAUUGGUCGUUUCUACUAAUGAAGAUAUGGUUAGAAGAAAAGAACCAGUUAAAGAUUUUAAUGAAGUUAAAAAUAUCAGAAAGAGAAAUACUGUUCAUAUCGAAGGAUUUCCAAAGGAUGUUAGUCAAGAAGAUUUAGAAUCUUGGUUCCAUACUAAGAUUGUUCCAAAUUUACCAGAAGAUCAAAUCAUUGUAUCAUUACGUAGAAUUAGAAGUAAAGCUAAACGAGAAUUCUUUGGUGUGGUUGAUGUUGAAUUUAAAAGUCAAAAGGAUGUUGAGUUCAUUUUAAAUAAUAUAGAAAUCAGUUAUCCACAAGGUAUUGUUAAAGAAGGUGAAGAAGGUUAUGAUAGUAAGACCGUCUUAAAGAAAAUGUCUUUACUUACUUUCCAAGAAAUGAGAGAAACUGGUAAAAGAUUUGGUGUUAAUGAUGUUACUAAAAGAAGAAAUAGUUUCAAUGAUAAUCAUCGUGGUGGUAAUAAGAAAUUUAAAAAGGGUAAUUUUAAAAGAUCUUCUAAUGAAAAAUCUGAUGAAAUCAAAGAAACUACUGAAGAACCAUCAGAUUCAAAAUCAAAUGAAGAAGAAAAGGAAGCUAAAGUAGAAUCAAAAGAAGUUGAAAAAACUGAAGCUCAAGCUCCAGUUGAAGCUCCAGCUGCUCCAGUUGAAACUCCUGCUGUUACCACUGGUGAAACCUAAUCACGUGCAAUAAUAUUCCUCCUCCCCGUAAUCUAAACCAUAAUUGUAUUAAAUCCAGUAAUUCCAUCUAGAAUUAAUUUACUUGUAUUUAUAGUUAAACCCCAAAAAUAAAAACAUAAUCCGUAUAUUUAUUUAUAUGCCGUACCU